GACAAUGACAACUGACUUUUAAGAUAUCUGUAUUAUGACAGCUUAAGCAAAAGCCUUUUAUAAUUUUUUUCCCCCAGUGGCAUUACACGCGUUUAGUCGUAACUCAAAUAAACGCAACGAUGUCGGGAGGAUUAGAUAUAUUGACCCUCAAUGAGGAGGAUGUCACUAAAAUGCUGGCAGCAACCACUCAUCUGGGUUCUGAAAAUGUCAACUUCCAGAUGGAGACAUAUGUGUACAAACGGCGUACAGACGGUACCCACGUAAUCAAUCUACGUCGUACAUGGGAGAAACUUGUAUUGGCUGCUCGUGCUGUAGUUGCCAUUGAGAACCCAGCUGAUGUAUUCGUUAUCUCGUCACGUCCGUUUGGUCAGCGUGCUGUCCUCAAGUUUGCAGCACAUACCGGUGCAACACCUAUUGCUGGACGAUUCACUCCCGGUGCUUUCACUAACCAGAUUCAAGCAGCUUUCCGAGAACCCCGUCUCCUUAUUGUGUUGGACCCUGCUCAGGACCACCAGCCCAUCACUGAGGCAUCCUAUGUAAACAUUCCAGUUAUUGCCUUCUGCAACACUGAUUCUCCACUGCGAUUUGUGGAUAUUGCUAUCCCAUGCAAUACUAAGUCAUCCCACUCUAUUGGUCUGAUGUGGUGGUUACUUGCACGCGAGGUGCUGAGGCUGCGUGGUGUCCUGCCGCGUGACCAACGUUGGGAUGUUGUUGUUGAUCUCUUCUUCUACAGAGACCCUGAAGAGAGUGAGAAGGAAGAACAACAGGCUAAGGAACAGGCUGUUGUGGCCCCUAAACCGGAAGUGCCUGCUCCUGUUCAUGAGGAUUGGAAUGAGCCUGUUGAGGCAGUCACCUCAUGGGCCGAAGAUUCUGCACCACCAGCACCCGCACCUGCUUUCGGUGCCCCUCCAGCUCAGGAAGAUUGGGCCGCUCAGGUACAAGAUGAGUGGGGAACUACGGCGCCACCGCCACCUGCUGCAGCACCUUCGUGGGGAGGUUCCGCUCAAGACUGGACCGCGUCUUAAAUGUUAUUUGUAUUGAAUAAUACAGUCUAAACUCUAUAA